AUGAUGGUGGAGGAUCUUGGUGUGGAAGCCAAGGAAUCAGCGGUUCGUGAGGUUGCCAAGCUCUUGCCUCUUCCUGAACUCCUUCAGUCCAUAGCUUCCAUCAAGGCCGAUUACAUUGCUCGCCAACAGGCUAAUGAUGCACAACUUAGCACUAUGGUUGCCGAGCAGGUUGAACAAGCACAAGCUGGGCUGGAAUCCCUGUCCUUAUCUCAAAAAUCAAUAAACCAACUCCGUCAAAACUUCGUUUCUAUUGAAAAGCUAUGUCAAGAAUGCCAAACAUUGAUUGAAAACCAUGAUAAGAUAAAGCUCCUUAGCAAUGCAAGGAAUAACUUGAAUACAACCCUGAAGGAUGUUGAGGGUAUGAUGUCAAUUUCUGUUGAAGCCGCUGAGGCACGGGAUUCUUUGAGUGAUGAUAAAGAACUCAUUAAUACAUAUGAGAGGUUAACAGCUCUUGAUGGAAAGCGGAGGUUUGCAUUAGCAGCUGCAGGAUCUCACAAGGAAGAGGUUGCCAGGCUUAGAGAAUAUUUUGAAGAUGUUGAUAGGACCUGGGAGACAUUUGAGAAGACAUUGUGGGGCCAUGUUUCCAACUUCUAUAAUCAUUCCAAAGAAAGCCCUUCAACAUUGGUUCGUGCUUUAAGGGUUGUUGAAAUGCAAGAAAUCCUUGACCAACAACUUGCUGAAGAAGCAGCUGAGGCUGAAGGAGGUGGUGCCAUGGCAUCAAUUGCAAAUCCUCGUAGAACUGCCAAAAAGUCUACCACGGCAACGGCUUCUUCAAGAAACCUGACACAGCAGAAAUUGAAUUUUCAAGGCAAAGGCUAUAAGGACAAAUGCUAUGAGCAAAUAAGGAAGACUGUUGAAGGACGAUUCAACAAGCUUCUGACAGAGCUUGUUUUCGAGGAUCUUAAGGCAGCAUUAGAGGAAGCUCGAACGAUUGGAGAAGAGCUUGGAGAUAUAUAUGACCAUGUGGCCCCUUGUUUCCCCCCAAGAUAUGAAAUAUUCCAACUAAUGGUCAAUCUGUAUACUGAGCGAUUCGUUCAAAUGCUUAGAUUACUCAGUGACAGGGCAAAUGAAAUGACGAACAUAGAGAUUUUAAAGGUAACUGGUUGGGUGGUUGAAUACCAAGAAAAUCUGAUUGGGCUUGGAGUUGAUGAGUCCCUUGCUCAAAAAUGGUACUUGAAUAUCUUAGAAGCCGAUAAGGUACAGCCACCAAAGAAAACAGAAGAUGGGAAGCUAUAUACACCAGCUGCUGUUGAUUUAUUCAGGAUCCUAGGAGAGCAAGUGCAAAUUGUUCGUGAUAAUAGCACUGAUCUCAUGCUGUACAGAAUUGCCUUGGCAAUUAUUCAGGUAAUGAUUGAUUUUCAAGCUGCUGAAGGCAGAGACUUGAAGAACCUGCUUCAGAAAUUGGUUAACAACAACUUGCGCUGCUAUGAUCUUGCAAUGGAGCUAAGUAAUAGCACUUUGGAAGCUCUUCCACAAAACUAUGCUGAGCAGGUCAACUUUGAAGACACAUGCAAAGGUUUCUUAGAGGUUGCAAAGGAAGCCGUGCACCAAACCGUCAGUGUUAUCUUUGAAGAUCCAGGAGUGCAGGAUUUACUUGUCAAGCUUUAUCAGAAGGAGUGGUGUGAAGGACAGGUUACUGAGUAUCUAGUUGCAACCUUUGGUGAUUAUUUUGCAGACGUGAAGAUGUAUAUUGAAGAAAGAUCGUUCAGGAGAUUUGUUGAGGCUUGUUUGGAGGAAACAGUGGUUGUUUACGUUGAUCAUCUUCUAACACAGAAGAACUACAUCAAGGAAGAGACCAUUGAGAGGAUGAGAUUAGAUGAAGAGGUUCUGAUGGAUUUCUUUAGGGAGUAUUUAAGUGUUUCUAAAGUUGAAAGCAGAGUCAGAAUACUGAGUGAUUUGAGAGAGCUUGCUUCUGCAGAGAGCCUUGAUACCUUCACCCUCAUUUACACAAAUAUUCUUGAACAUCAACCUGACUGUCCGCCUGAGGUUGUUGAGAAGCUUGUUGCAUUGCGAGAAGGCAUACCACGGAAGGAUGCUAAGGAGGUCGUACAAGAGUGCAAAGAAAUAUAUGAGAAUUCUCUUGUCAAUGGGAACCCGGCAAAAUCAGGUUUUGUUUUUCCAAGAGUGAAGUGUUUAUCAAGUUCCAAGGGAUCCAUAUGGCGGAAGCUAACUUAG